AUGGCUUACUCACCACGUCCGCAGGACCACUACAUCGGCAUAGAUGUCGGCACUGGAUCCGCGCGGGCCUGCAUCAUCGACUCAACAGGCGAGAUUAAGGCCCUUGCAAGCGAGAACAUCAAGCUCUGGCAGCCUACACAUGGAUACGGCGGCUCACAUUAUGAACAAUCCACCACAGACAUCUGGCGAGCCAUCACGGUCUGCGUGCGGCAGACCCUCGCCUCCUCGGGCGUGAGCCCCUCAUCCAUCAAGGGCAUCGGCUUCGAUGCGACGUGCUCGCUGGCCGUGUUCACGCACGACACGGACGAGCCGGUGCCCGUGACGGGGCCCGACUUCGCCAACGACGGCAACGACCGCAACGUGAUCCUGUGGCUGGACCACCGGCCCCUGGACGAGACCGAGCUGAUUAACAGCACCGGGCACAACCUCCUGCGCUACCUCGGCGGCAAGAUGAACGUCGAGAUGGAGAUGCCCAAGGUGCUGUGGCUGAAGAACAACAUGCCGCCCGAGCUGUUCCGGCGCUGCAAGUUCUAUGACCUGGCCGAUGCGCUGACACACCUCGCGACGGGCGCCGAGAAGCGGAGCUUUUGCAGCACCGUCUGCAAGCAGGGCUAUAUUCCCGUGGGCGUCGACGGGAGCGUCAAGGGGUGGCAGGAGGAUUUCUACCGGGCCAUUGGGCUUGAGGAGCUGGUCGAGGAUAACUUCAAGAGAGUUGGGGGUGUCAACGGGGUGAACGGGGAGUUUCUGAGUGCCGGCGAGCUCGUCGGGGGCUUGUCCGAGAAGGCGGCAAAGGAGUGGGGACUGCCACCCGGUAUUGCCGUCGGGAGCGGCGUUAUUGAUGCGUAUGCGGGCUGGAUCGGGACGGUCGGCGCUAAGAUCAAGCUGGACCCCCCCGAGCAUCUUGACGAGUCGGCCGCGGCGAACGAUGUCUCUCAGGCCUUCACCCGACUAGCGUCCGUUGCGGGGACGUCGACAUGCCAUCUGGCAAUGUCGAGAGAGCCCGUCUUCGUCCCUGGAGUGUGGGGUCCUUACCGAGAUGUCUUGAUUCCCGGUUUCUGGAUGGCCGAAGGCGGCCAGUCAGCUACAGGCGAGCUGAUAAAGCACAUGCUCGAGACACACGCGGCGUACGACGAGACACUGAAAGAGGCCCAGGCGGCGGGGAAGAACAUCUACGACUUCCUCAACGACCACCUUCGACACCUCGCCGACGAGACCAAGGCCCCUUCUAUCCCGUACCUAGUCCGGCACUACUUUUUCUACGGCGACCUCUGGGGAAACCGGUCCCCGAUAGCCGACCCCAAUAUGCGCGGCGCCAUCAUCGGUAUGAGCAGCGACAAGAGCAAGGACGGCAUGGCGCUGCUGUACUACUCGACCAUGGAGUUCAUCGCGUUGCAGACGCGCCAGAUUGUCGAGACGAUGAACGCGGCCGGGCACGGCAUCAAGAGCAUCUUCAUGUCCGGCAGCCAGUGCCAGAACGAGAUCCUCAUGGACCUCAUCGCCACGGCGUGCAACAUGCCGGUGCUGAUCCCGCGCUACGUCAACGCGGCGGUGGUGCACGGUGCCGCGAUGCUGGGCGCCAAGGCUGCGAGCGCGGGCGAGGACGGCAAGACGGAGCCGCUGUGGGAUAUCAUGGACCGCAUGAGCAAGCCGGGCAAGGUGGUCUGGUCGAGGGGCGAUCCGGCCGAGAAGAAGUUGCUGGAUGCAAAGUACGAGAUCUUCCUAGACCAGGCCCGGACGCAGCAGGUGUACCGGAAGAAGAUUGAUGAGGCCAUCAAGGGAUCGUCACUUGUAACAGCCAUGUCAUUUUUCAUGGGCAGGGGAACUCCCGCGACGGCAACGUCGACUGGGUCGUUGGGCGGCCCAACGCUACUUGGAGGGCAGUCGGCCACAGGAACCACGGGGGCAGCAGGUGCCGGCAACAGCAUAUUCGGCCAGACAACAACAGGAAGCUCGCUUUUUGGGAAUCAACCGACCGGGGGCGCGACCACAACCCCGACUCAGCCCCAAUUCGGCGGCUCGUCUCUCUUUGGCGCCUCAACGACCACCCCUAAGCCUUCGCUCUUCGGAGGCAAUGCGACGGCAGCAACGAACCAGCCCUCCAGUCUCGCCGGCAACAGCAUCUUUGGUGCCUCAACCGCGGCAACCGCCCAGCCUGGCAUCGGGACGAGCCUCUUCGGCAACGGCAACGCGACCACUACGAACGCCGCCGCCUCGACAAGCCAACAGCAAGCGCCGCCGUCCGCCCUCCCUACGGGGGCUCUUUUCGACAGCCUCCUCGCGAAGAACAAGAAGCAAGCCGAGGGCGAGACCGCGCUGGGUGAGCUCCCCUCGCUCCAGCUGGGGCUAGGUGAUCUCCGCCAGCGCCUCAAGAAGCUGGGGCCGUCCCAGGACCGACCCUUGGAGCACGGCAAGGCUCAUUACUUCCUUGCUGCAUCGGGUGUGGAUCCGGGCGUAGCGGUGCGCGAUCUGGGUGCAUUCGGCCUGCAGGCGAGGGAGCGGGGAGGCGCUGCGCAAGGGGCCGGCUUUGGUCGUGGCCCGGGCGAGGUGGAUGUCGAGACAUAUCUUUCGAACUUGCAGACCAAGACGACGUUGAGCAUGAUCGCCGAUGGACUGGAGCGUUCGGUGCGGGACUUCGACUCGUUUCUGGAGGAGAACGUCACGAUGGAGUGGGAGGCGCAGCGCAAGAGGAUCUAUCAGCACUUCGGCAUCAAGCCCCGGGAGGAUGCCGCGGGCACCACCGCCCCAGCUGCUCGCGCACCCACCCCGUCCAAGGAGAGUCAGGGUACGUUUGGGCGGUCGAGGCGCAAGGCCAGCCAGCCAGCCCCCGGGGAGCGGCCCUCCCAGCGGCCCAGCGUGCUGGGCAGGUCGGCCAUGGCACGCUCUGUCAUUGGGACGCCCAGCCGGAUCGGUGCGCACGCGCCUGGGUUUACCGAUGUGGAGGCGCGCAAGGACGGGACCGGGUCGCUGAACGGGGUGACCUCGAUGGACGAUCGGCUGCUGCGCGAGAAGCAGGGGAGGCUGGCAGAGAAGAUCCACGAAUUCAACGACGCCCGGCAACGGGGGCUGCCUGUUUACAUCUGCCGCGACCUGGCGGACCUGGAGUCCAGGUCCGGAGACCGGCAUGCGCCCCAUGUCGUGGAGGCGUACCGGGCCAUGAUGGAGAUUGUCGGCGAGCACCCGGACGCUGACGAGACGCCGCGGGAACGGCAGUUUGCCAAGCUGUACCUGGAUCCCAAUCCGCAGUCCCCUAAUGCUGUGGCCAUGCGGAAACAGAUUCUGAAGGGGGCCAAUGCAUUCCUGGAAAAGCAGUUCUGGAACGAGGUGAACUCCCUCAUCGCGAAAUAUCCCCAGGACGCGAACCUGGGAGGCUUGCCCGACGUCGUCAGCAAGAUCAAGGCGUACAUCCGGCUCCGCAUCGCCCGGAAGACGCUAGUGCCGGACAACGUCGACCUCCAGCAGGCCAACGGCGAAUACGUAUGGGCCAUCGUUUUCUAUCUGCUGCGGGCGGGCUUCGUGAACGAGGCGGCGCAGUAUGUCAACAGCAACCAGAACCAUUUCCGCAGCAUCGACCGGACCUUCUCGGGCUAUAUCAAUAGCUAUGCGUCGAGCGAAGAGCGCCGGCUGAAGCGACAGAUGCAGGACCGGUGUUCGAGCGAGUAUAACCAGCGGAUCCGCAACGCCCCGGAGGGCUCCAUCGACCCCUUCCGCAUGGCCUGCUAUAAGAUCAUUGGCCGGUGUGAUCUUAGCAACCGGAGCCUGGACGGGCUGCAGACAGAUGUCAACGACUGGAUCUGGCUCCAGUUCAACCUGGCUCGGGAGACGGACCGGUCCCUGGAGCUGGCGGGCGAGUCGUACGGCCUCACCGAGCUGCAGGCGAGCAUCCGCGAGAUUGGCCUCAAGCACUUCCCCAAGACGCCGGCCGAGGACACUAAUGGCAGCUUCGGCAUGUUCUUUUAUCUGCAGGUGCUCUCGGGCAUGUUUGAGCAGGCCAUCGCCUACCUGUACCCUUUCUCCUACGUCGAUGCCGUCCACUUUGCGAUUGCGCUCACGUACUACGGCCUGCUGCGCCCGGCAGACGCGCAGCUGGUGGACGAAUUGCUUUCGCACAACACGCGAAGCCAGCCCCGGAUCAACUUUGGCCGCAUGCUCGGCUACUACACACGCGACUUCCGGGCGGCCAACGUCACGGCUGCAGUCGAUUAUCUCACCCUCAUCUGCCUGAACGCGGACGAGGCGGGCGGGCCGCAGCAGGCUGCGCUGUGCCACGAGGCCCUCCGCGAGCUGGUGCUCGAGUCGCGCGAGUUCAGCCGGCUCAUCGGCGACAUCAAGCCCGACGGACAGCGCAUCAAGGGCGUCGUGGAGGAGCGCGGCUCGCUGAUCGCGCUGGGCCAGGAGGACGACUUUAUCCGUGCCAUCACCCUGCAGGCGGCCAGCUUCGCCGACGACAACGGGCGCACGACGGACGCGGUGCUGCUGUACCACCUGGCCGAGGACUACGACACGGUCGUGUCUAUCGUCAGCCGCGCGCUCAGCGAGGCCAUCUCCCUCGAGAUCGGCGAAGAUCCCAUGCGGCUGGUGCCUGUGAAGCCGCGGGUCGACGGCGGGGCCGAGCCCGACGCACAGCCCGGCAGCAGUCUGAGCCUGGCGGCGAUUGAUGACCCCGUGGAGCUGGCCAAGACGAUGAUGACCAUGUACGAGCGCGACUCCAUGUUCUGGCAGAAGAUCCGCGACCCGAACCGCGUGGCGUGCAAGGUGCUGCUGCAGAUGAGCGACAUCAAGAAUCUGGUUGAGGCAGGCAGGUGGCCGCAGUGUCUGGACAAAAUCCGGGCCCUCGAGAUCCUCCCACUCAACGCCCGCGGCGACCCGAGCAUUAUCCGCAGCUACGCGGCGCGCUUCUCGUCGCUCGCACAGCCCGUCGCCAUCAACGUGCCCAACCUGCUCAUGUGGACCGUCAUCUGUUGCACCCGGCAGCGCGAGAAGCUGAUGAACGGCCAGUUCAGCGGCAACGAGUCGACGGCGCGCCAGCUCAUCGACGAGCUCAAGCAGAUGAGUGUCGAUCUGACCGCAUAUACCAGCCAGCUGCGCUAUCGCCUGCCGCCGCAUCUGCAUGAGGCACUGGCAAGGGCUUCGGCAGAUUGA